GGAAAGAGACUAAGACGGAUAACGCGUCAUCUCGCCUUCCCAAAUUUUCCCCCCUCGCUAGAUCGGGUCCAAAACCUCCAUCCGGAGCCGGGAGGAGAGGAGAACGAUGUUUAACUCGGUUAACCUGGGCAACUUCUGCUCGCCGUCGCGCAAGGAGAGGGGAGCCGAUUUCGGCGAGCGGGGGAGCUGCACCUCCAACCUCUAUCUGCCCAGUUGCACUUACUACGUGCCCGAGUUCUCCACGGUCUCCUCUUUUCUGCCCCAGGCCCCUUCUCGUCAAAUCUCCUAUCCCUACUCGGCCCAAGUGCCCCCGGUCCGGGAGGUCUCCUACGGCCUGGAGCCAUCCGGCAAGUGGCACCACCGAAACAGCUACCCCUCCUGCUAUGCGGCGGCUGACGAGCUCAUGCACCGGGAAUGCCUGCCGCCUUCCACAGUCACAGAGAUCCUCAUGAAAAACGAAGGUUCCUACGGCGGCCACCACCACCCCAGCGCCCCGCACGCGACCCCAGCCGGCUUCUACUCCUCAGUCAACAAGAACAGCGUCCUGCCUCAAGCCUUUGACCGUUUCUUCGACAACGCCUACUGCGGCGGCGGCGACCCGCCAGCGGAGCCCCCCUGCCCGGGCAAGGGCGAGGCCAAAGGGGAGCCCGAAGCGCCCCCGGCCUCGGGACUGGCGUCUCGGGCUGAAGCAGGUGCGGAGGCCGAGGAGGAGAACACGAAUCCCAGCUCGUCCGGUUCAGCCCACUCGGCCGCCAAGGAGCCGGCUAAGGGAGCCGCCCCCAACGCCCCCCGCACCCGCAAGAAGCGCUGCCCUUACUCGAAAUUUCAGAUCCGGGAACUGGAGCGAGAGUUUUUCUUCAACGUAUAUAUCAACAAAGAGAAGCGGCUGCAGCUGUCCCGGAUGCUGAAUCUGACGGACCGACAAGUGAAAAUUUGGUUUCAGAAUAGAAGGAUGAAAGAAAAAAAACUGAGCAGAGACCGGCUGCAGUAUUUCUCGGGAAAUCCUCUACUGUAA